AAAAAUGGCGGACGGUAUGAAUGUUGGAGUGAAUUUAGAAGCUUUUUCACAAGCAAUCAAUGCCAUUCAAGCACUUCGGUCAAGUGUAACGAGAGUUUUCGACUCGCUGAAGGAUGGAAUGAAAAACAAGGAGACGUUGGAAGGACGAGAAAAGAUAUUUAUCACCGAAUUUCAAGAUAAUUUGCAAUCAGUCAAUCGUGACUUGAAUGAGUUGGAGCGUCUCAGCAAUCUGGUUGGCCGGCCAUCAGAGAGCCAUCCCUUACACAACAGUGGACUGCUCAGCUUGGACCCAGUACAGGACAAAACUCCGCUCUACAGCCAGCUCCUUCAGGCCUACAAAUGGUCCAACAAGCUGCAGUACCACGCGGGAUUGGCCUCCAGCCUGCUGAACCAGCAGUCACUCAAGCGCUCAGCCAAUCAGAUGGGACCUUCUGCCAAGAGGAGGCCCAAAGUCCAGCCUAGUGCUCUGGUCCUGCCACCACAGUACGUGGACGACGUGAUCACCAGGAUUGGACGGAUGUUUCCGGACAUGACGAUCGAGCUCUUCCGCCCCAAUGGGACCUCAGCAGUACUUCUGGUGACGCUGGGUAAGGUCCUGAAAGCCAUCGUGGUGAUGAGGAGUCUGUUCAUCGACCGCACCAUCGUCAGGGGCUACAACGAGGAUGUGUACUCGGAGGACGGCAAGCUGGAUAUCUGGUCCAAGUCCUGCUACCAAGUCUUCCAGAAGGUGACUGAUCACGCCACCACUGCUCUGCUGCACUACCAGCUGCCCCAGAUGCCUGAUGUGGUUGUGCGCUCCUUCAUGACGUGGUUGCGUAGCUACAUCAAGCUCUUCCAGACCCCGUGUCAGCGGUGUGGGCGGUUCCUGCAGGAGGGCCUCCCCCCGACCUGGCGGGACUUCCGCACGCUCGAGGCGUUCCACGACAUGUGCCGCCAGUGACGGAACCCAACGGAACCCGACCCGACCUGACCCGACCCCCUCCGCCUCUCCCCAGCAGAACCCGUGGAACCCACUGAGAGGAGCUUCAGAAACCCAGCAGAGCUCAGCGCCGUCUCGUGAAAAACGCAGAAGCUUUCCAACACACACACACACACACACACACACACACACACACACACACACACACACACACACACACUCCUCUGCUUGUUGCUCUGUACCCUCUGGUGUACAGACUACUGCGGUGUGUGUUGAUACACACACGGCGUGUGUUUAAAAAUACCGCUCAGCCAGCCUCUUUCAGUCACUCAGCACUCCUACCGCGUACACACACACACACACACACACACACACACACACACAUCCAAACAUAUUUAUUGUUUCAUGACCAUGAUGUUUUUAUUUGGGCACUGGAAUUCUCGGGCGGCCUAUUUCCAUGUGUUCCCUUCUGCCUGCCACUUUUGAAUACAAAAGAACGUUCUUCAGAGCCGACACUCGCCCCAUAACUUCACGUGUGUGUGUGUGUGUGUGUGUGUGUGUGUGUCUGUGUGUGUGUGUACAAAAGAACGUUCUUCAGAGCUGACACUCGCCCCAUAACUUCACGCACCAAAUAUUUUGGAGAGAGUGUUUUCCCCCUCUCACUUUUUUAUACUCUUUUUGUAUACUCUCUCUCUCUCUUGCUUGCUCGCUCUCUGUCACUCUUUCUUUUUCUAUUCUACCUUUUCUCCCCCCUCUCUGUCUCUCUCCCUCCUUCACUCUCCCUCCCCCUCCUUCUCUUUCUCUCUCUCUCUCUCUCUCUCUCUCUCUCUCUCUCUCCCUCCCCCUCUCGUGCUUUCCCUUGAUCGCUCCCUGCUAGUGUGUCUGCAGCAGUCCCAUUUGUACAGGAACACUUUUCAAUAUUUCAUCAUCCACCCUGGAAACGCUGGCCAAAGUUGUUUUUCUUUUUCUGUAUGUAAAGCAGGCGCGCUGCUUUAAGAGGCUUUGCGACUGGGUGCUCUGAGUGGGUGUGUGUACUUUUCAAAAGGUUAAGAAAAAGGAUGAUCAAAUAAACGAGUAGAUUUCUUUUGUAAAUGACUGUUAUUGUAUUCAUUUCCUGUUUCAAUGAUCACUGGUGACUUCAUGUUAAUGUCUCUUGUGUCCUGUAAAUACACUUUGUUAUGGUGGAGUAAUUACGUUUU